GAAUUUUUUUUUUCAUUCUGAUUAAUAAAUUAAUAGAUUAAGCUUUGAGUGCUCCCAAGUGUCUACUCAGCGUUAGCGAUCGUGUGGUAGGCGAUUCGUAAGCCCGUAUAUCCUAUAUUUAUGGAGAGAAAGGUUGAAAGACCUGGCUUAUUUGUCGUUUGCAAGUAAUUUUGAAGUUACACUGUACAGGGAAUGUAGAUAUCGAAUGGAACAAGUGGAGAAUUGGGCUUUGGAGGAUAUAUAUAUAUUUCACUAAAUAUAACACUUCAUUCAUAUAGCAUUUGUUGGAGAUUAAAUACGGAAAUUAUCUGCAAGUUGAAGUUUUGGUUUUUGAAGAAUUGAUAUUCGAACAACAUGGAGCCGCAAAAAGCACUGCCGAGUCUCCUUUCGCUUAAAGUUUCUGUCCCUCCGGGUAUGGAUCAGCCCCCCCUGGAAGAAUCAGAUGUAGAUGCAGACCCGUCUUCAGUGAAACUUCCAGCAGCGCUUGAACAAGCCUUGGCUUUCAAAACUGAACGUGCUAAAGAAGUGGGCGCAGACCCCAAUGAAAUCUCUGUCCCAGGUACUUCCCCCUCUGAACCACCAGAUAUCUCUAUGGAAUUUCCUGCCGAUUCUCUUGAAAUUGCCAAUCCAAUUUCAAAUUCUAAUUCCCAUCAAAAGACUCAAAAAUCCAAGAAGAAGAAAAAGAAAAAGAGAAAACGCCAUACGAGUGACCCAAAGGAGGAUCAAGAGAAUAAAAAGACGGAUUCUACCUCAUGUGUUACUAAAGAAGACCUCCCAGAAGUGGAAUACAUUCAGGAAACACCAGGAAUAACGGACUUAGAACCCAUGUAUCGUCAAUUUGCUCGAGUCUUCGAAGCCUUCAAAUUGAUUGAACCAGAAUCCAUCGAUAAAGAUAAAGAAUUGAUCGGUCAGUAUCCGCCGACAGUGACUCCAGUUGCCAAUAAGGUUCCUUUAUUGGAUGAUUUCGAUGAGGACGCAGGCCAACCUCAGCAACCAACUACGGAAAAUGGCGCUCCUCGUUUAUCAAAAAGGAAACUAAAACGCUUAACUCGUUUGAGUGUGGCUGAACUGAAGCAGCUUGUUGGUCGUCCUGAUGUCGUGGAAAUGCACGACGUGACAGCUCGAGAUCCAAAGCUUCUUGUGCAGUUAAAAGCUCAUAGAAAUACUGUUCCAGUGCCUAGGCACUGGUGCUUCAAGCGCAAGUACUUGCAAGGAAAAAGAGGAAUUGAGAAACCACCCUUUGAUCUUCCUGACUUUAUUAAGCGCACUGGAAUCACCGAGAUGAGGGCUAGUCUGCAAGAACGAGAUGACUCAAAAACUUUGAAAGCAAAGAUGAGGGAGAGGGCUAGACCUAAACUAGGCAAGAUUGAUAUUGAUUAUCAGAAGCUGCAUGAUGCCUUCUUCAAGUGGCAAACCAAACCUAGAAUGACCAUUCAUGGCGAUUUAUAUUACGAGGGUAAGGAGUUUGAGACGAGGUUGAAAGAGAAGAAGCCUGGUGAGCUUUCCGAUGAAUUGAGAACAGCCUUAGGUAUGCCGGUAGGCCCCAAUUGCCAUAAGGUGCCUCCACCAUGGCUCAUUGCUAUGCAAAGAUAUGGGCCUCCUCCUAGUUACCCCAAUUUAAAAAUUCCUGGACUGAAUGCACCCAUUCCCGAGGGAUGUGCAUUUGGAUACCAUGCGGGGGGUUGGGGCAAACCUCCAGUUGAUGAGACAGGAAGGCCACUUUAUGGAGACGUGUUCGGAGUAGUAAGACCACUUGGUGGAGAUGUUAUGGAUGAGGAAGUGGAUCGGGGAAUGUGGGGUGAACCGGAGUCGGAAAGUUCUGGUGAUGAGGAUGAGGAUGAAGAAGUGGAUGAGGCUGGUGAUGUUGAUGGAGAUGGUAGAGAAAUCGAUGGAGAUACUAGUGGUCUUGUGACACCUGGAGCCGAAGGUUUAAUAACUCCAAGCGGCAUGACAUCAAUCCCUGCUGGAUUGGAAACUCCUGAAACUAUUGAAUUGAGGAAGAAGAAAAUAGAGAGUGAUAUGGAGGGUGGAGACACUCCUGCAGCGCUUUACACUGUACUCCAAGAGCGAAGAACUGAAGGCCUUGGCGGCAGUAUGAUGGGCAGUACUCAUGUUUAUGAUAUGACUGGCGCUGGAGGACAAGCACCACCGUCUGUAAUUGCUGCACGAAGAGGUAUUAGUGGUGGUGAAAAUCGAACCGAGAAGGAUGGGGCUGUAGAGGUAGCGUUGGAUCCUAGUGAAUUAGAUCUGGAUUCUGAAGCCAUGGCCUCAAGGUAUGAAGAAACCAUCAGGUCGAGACAAGCUCAUCUCAGGAGAGAAGAUGUCUCAGAUUUGCUACAAGACCAUGUCCAACGUCAAAAAAGUAAAAGAAAAAGACAGCAGACACAGGAGAGCAAGUCUGCCAAGAAAUAUAAGGAAUUCAAGUUUUAGAUUUGUCGAAUUAUCUUUAAUAAUACUUUAAGAGAAUGUAACGCCCGUAAAUAUAAAAAAAUUGUAUUCUUAGCGAAGCAAAUUUGAUUUCAU